AUGGGUGCUCUAAGCUAUUGGAACGGCAUUGCUCUUCUUCAGCUCAUCAUAUUUCCCAUUAUUCUCGUUGCUGCCAUUUUCAUUUGGAAGAGGACGGGCUGGAGAGUCGGCAGCAAGAUCUGGCGAUAUGCCGUUACCCUCUCUCUCAUCCGAAUUGCUGGCAGUAUCUCUUCGUUGUUGUCAAUCAACCAUAACUCCCAUGGUAUAGAAGUUGCCGUAGCAGUGUGCCAGCUGAUUGGUAUUGCGCCCCUUUUGCUAACGUUUAUCGGUCUGCUGAGACAAAUUGAUAUGGAUGAAAUAAUGCCUCCCAAGCCCAUGAAAUUAGUGACUAUUGUCACCUUCAUCGGCCUCGUUCUCGGUAUCGCGGGAGUCAGCUCUGCCGACGACAGUAAUGGUGGUUACAAGCCUGGCACGCUCGCAAAGUCAGCCAUGGGAAUAUUCCUAGCCGUAUUCGUCAUCUUCAUUCUCCUCAGUAUUUGGCUAUUCUAUGAGCUAAGCUUUUCACUGCGAAGAUUCCAAAAGAAGCUGUUUAUUGCUAUUGCCCUUUCUUCUCCCUUCUUGUUUGUUCGACUCCUCUACUCAGCGCUCAGUGACUACACUAGCAUUGAAGCCUUUUCUCUUGAUGGAAAUGCCACUGUCUACCUGUGCAUGGCUGUGCUGGAGGAAAUCAUUGCCAUGAGCGUCACUAUGGCCUUGGGAAUAUCAGCUGUGCUGGAGAAAGACUUCGUGAAGCUUACUCCAGUAUCCCAGGAGGACACCGAGCAGAAACCUAUGAGAGUGUGA